AAUAUUUUAGUAGAAAACAGCUCAAAUUUUUCUCUUUUGGUUAAAAUCUGCAGAUUCAAAAAGUUCAGUGGACCCCAGGAAACAUGAGCAAUGUGAUACCAGGGCACAUCAGAUUGCUCCAAAUCAAGGAUAAAGAGAAAUUCUUAAAAGCCACCGAAGGAAAAAUGCAUAUGAUAUACAUGGGAACCAAGAAAAUGGUCCAGCAGAUUUCUCAUCACAAAUAAUGUAUGAGAAGAUAGAAGACGCUGUGUAUACUGCAGACGUGAACUUGAAUGGAUUUAGAGGUUAAAGGAAUUGCUGCUUCUCUUACAAAUCAAACUCAGCCGUUCUCUGGAAGAAAGAAGCUGCUGCAACAAGGACAGACUCCAAGAUCAUGGGCAAUCCAGAAUCUUAGUCUACCUGUGGUUCCACGACUUGAUUUGGGAAGCCUCGUUGACUCUGAUGAAGAGGAUGAUUUUUCACAUAUUCCACUUAGUACUGCGCAUAUUCAUUUUAACCCACCAAAUUCAUCUUCUGCUCUUAGUUGGGUCACACCAUGUCAGAUAUCACAUACCCAGCAUCAUCUAAAUGAACUGGAGCAAGACAUAAUACCUGAAAACUUGCCAGCACCAACAAGUAAAUAUAAACUAAAAUAUCAGCAAUAUAAAACUGAAAUGAAAGAGGGAUAUAAACAGUAUAGUCAGAGAAAUGCAGAAAAGACAAAAUCAAAGAUCACACAACAAUCUCCAAGAAAAAAGAUAGAUGACAAGUGUGUACAAGGUGAAGAAUCCAUCGUGGGUGGUCUUACCACUCUGGAUAGGAAAGCCCUCUUACAACAGGGUUAUGCAGAGAUCCCUUACAAUGCACAAAGUAGUAUGAAAAAAUCUGAUGCUGAAAUGGUGGCUGCAGAGAGGAAGAAACAGACUGUGGCAGAGCAAGUGAUGAUAGACCACUUAUCUAGGGCUGUAAUCAGUGAUCCUGAACAAAACCUACCCACUGAGAGACCAGAAAGCUCUCCUAUCUUUCUAGAUUCAAAGACAGCGCCUCUUCGAUUUAGGAAAAGAACACUACAUGAAACUAAGAUAAGAACCCAUUCUACAUUAACUGAAAAUAUGCUUUCUCAUAAAGUACAAUUUGAUGGUAGGAUCAUAUCAAGAAAUGGACAUGAUGCCUGCAGAGAGCUGGUUGGGUUCUUUUUUGCUCAUGACCAGUCCCUAACAAUUUAUGAAUAUCGGCAAUUUGGGAAAAAUAGAACAAGUGUGCUUCCUUUUAUUCAAAAAAACAUUUAUAAUCAUCAGUGUGGACGAAGAAAAGGAAAACAAUACCAACUUGGCGAUUUUUAUAUUGGUGCAAACUUGACAUUUUUGAGUUCCGAUCAUUCCAGUCUUCCAGAGAGCAUAAAAGAAAACACAUUACUUAUACUUCGGAUCACUAAUAUUGAUCAGAUAGCUUUGGAUUCUCUCAAAACUGAUUCUGUGGAGCCUGAGGAUAAUUUAACCAGUCAAGAAGCUAACGAUAGGCUUAUUUUAAAGGCUGUUCAAGAUGCGCUAAAAGAACAGCUACACAAAAGAGGUGUUCGUAUUUUGACUGGAUUGGCAAAAUAUCUUCAACAAUUGGACAAAGAAGGAACUGGACUUUUAGAUAAGGCAGAUUUUAAGCAAACUCUCCAAGUAUUUCACUUAGAAGUGUCUGAAAAUGAUUUUAAGUCUGCAUGGCAAAUUCUGAAUGGCAAUGACAGUGGCAAGGUUGAUUAUGGAGAAUUCAAACGUGCCAUUAUUGGUGAAAUGAACGAAUACAGGAAAUCGUUUGUUCGAAAGGCCUUCAUGAAAUUGGAUUUCAACAAAACUGGCUCUGUGCCUAUUACAAACAUAAGAAAAUGUUACUGUGCAAAGAAGCAUCCUCAAGUAAUUUCAGGCCAUUCCACAGAGGAAGAAAUCAAAUUAUCUUUUCUAGAAACAUUAAAAGAUGCCGGCAGCAAGUCUGAUGAAGUGACCUAUGGUGAAUUUGAAGAUUACUAUGAAGGUCUAAGUAUAGGGAUAGUACAUGAUGAAGAUUUUGUUAAUAUUAUACGUACUCCUUGGGGAAUUUAGUUUUUUAGAAUGAGUGUGUCUUCAGCACUGAGCCUUCUAAAGAUGAGGUGAAUUGAAUGUAAAAUGUGGUCAAACCCUGGAUUAUAUUUUUCUAGGACUUCUUUUGUUUUUUGUUUUUCUCAAACAGGUUGAGUCUGGUAGGAGGAAUCAGAAAAAGAGCUGAAGGGAGGUAUAUGUCUGGUCAUGUGCAUGUCUGAGUGUUUGCCUGACUCUAAGCGUGUAAAGCUCUAUCUUUCUGAUUCAUUACUUAUCUUGGAUAUGUUUUAAAGGUCAUUUUUAAAAAUUUUUAUUUUAUUUUAUUUGUGUGUGUGU